AUGAUGAAGCUGGUGGUGUUGUCCUGCCUGUUGGCUGCCGCCUCGGCGAGUCUCAUUGCGCCUCUCGCUUAUUCAGCACCAUACGGAUACUACGGGCUUGGAGCUCCCCUCGCAUACGGCGCAUCUGUUCUGGCACCUUACAACUACCGAGGUCCUCUGUCUCUAGCUCCUGGCCAACCCGCUAACAUACUUGGUGCUGAUGGAAGACCUCUUGACACACUGGACGUCAACUUGGACCGUUCUGCGCACCUAACCGCAAAAGCACUUAACCGUGAUGUCCAUUUUCUGAAGAAACGCUCAGUGGUGGCUCCCAUCGUCGCUACUCCAGUCGCCCGUAUUGCCACUCCACUGAUCACCCCCGCUGUACCUCUUACCAACAGAGCACCUUAUGCCACAACUGCUUACAUUUCCCCAAUCCCACAAUUGCACUCUGUCUCCUCUUACAUCUACUAA